AUGGAGGACAAGGACAUGAGAAAAAAAAAGAAGAACAUCAUAAUAAUCAAUGAUAAGGGAGAAAUGCUAAGCGUUACGAAAAAGACGUUAGAUGGGAAUAAAGAUGGCGAGGAUAUGGCAAGCCAUGAAGAGGUGAAAGAGAUGAAUGGAGAAGAGGAUACAAGGAUAGACACAGAGGAGAAGAUUGAAAGCACUGGAGAGGCAUUCGAGACAAAAGCAGACGAAAGAUCCCAUGAAAAGGAGUGUUCUGAGUCCAAAGAGUGUUGUGGCGGGCCCAAGAACGAAGAAGGUCAGGGCAGGAAGGAAACAAUGGCUGAAGAAAACAGCAAGAACGACCCCGAAGAAGAAUUCAUCCCAUUGGAUUCGAAGGAGCCUGGAGAGAAAGCAGAAAGCGUGAAGUCUCCUCCGAAGGAGAGUGGAGAUGUAUUUGUUCCUCCCAUGCUUAAGACAACAACAGAGAAUGCCAACAAAGAGAUAUUUGAAGAAAGAGAUAAAGGAGAGAUAGUAGCCGAAGGAUGGAUAUGGAAGAAAAGGAGGAUUUUCAGUUGUUUCUGGCAUCAGAAGUACUUUGUUCUCACAAAGGAUGGGACUCUGAAGUACUACAAGGCUGAUGGAAGGAGGCAUGCCAAGGGGAACUGGAAUAUGAAGGAAUCAACUGAGAUCAGGCAUUAUAAUCUCUCCAGUGAGGAGAACACCCAUCCAUGCAGAAUAAUGGUGUUUUUCUCCGACCAUUCGUUUCUUCUGGCGUUCGACGAGAGAAACACCAAAGACUAUUGGGUAGAAAAGCUUAAUAGGGCCAUUGGGAAGCCGAGAAAAUAA